CAGGCUUCUGAUUUUGUUGAUUUAGAACUAGAAGUUCUAGUACUUUCAUUUCUUGGUUUAUUUCGACAUUCCAUUUUAUUUUGGAUUUGUUAAUCUCUCACACCUGUCGCUGCAAGACAAAAUUUGGCCAAAAAAAUGACGUUAUCAUCCUUGCGAAAGCGGUUACCAAGAUGAGUGGUUCACCGCGAGCGGGGCCUUCCACCACCGCAAAGGGAAGCCCGGAAAAGGCUGAAAAUGGGGAAGAAGCCGUGUCCGGAGAAGGAACAGUCGCAGGCGAGGGAGCCGUUGUUUCAGGCGAGGGGUCCGGAGAAGGAAGAGUCGCAGGCGAGGGAGCCGUUGUCUCAGACGGCGCUCGCGCUGUCUCAGACGACGCUACUCCUGCCAAUUCCUUCUUAGCAGCUCCUUCUACGACUGCGACAGCACUAGCAGUACCAGAAGCUUGCACUUCAUCGGCCGCAAUUCUUCCUAGUUCUUGGGAAGUGAGUGUUAGUUCGCUUAUCUGCUUCUGGGAAGCGGGCAUUCCCGGGUCAGUCUGUCGCAUUGAACUGCUAGACAAACGGAAGACAAAGCUGGAACAAGUCGAGCAGGUGAUACAUUUUGAGGAUGGAGGCCAUACGGUAGGAGUGAAGGAUGACGACGAUGACAACGAGAAGAACAGCAUCAAACGUGAUUAUCUCGUGGAAUUUUACGGUCUGUCUUCAGACACCGACUUCGUGCUCAGGGUAAUAGUGGAUAAGUACUAUCAAGGGACUGAUGAGGGUUUUGUCACGGCGACAGAUGAGCUGCCUUUCACGAGUGCCACGGAAGAGGAGGCAGAGAAGCCAACUAGUAUGGCUUUUGUCAGUGCUGUAGAGGAAGGAGAGAAGCCUGCUGGUUCUGCACUACUAGAUGAAGGUGUGUCGAAAACUCCUGUGGCAGACUCGCCGGUAGGCACAACGUGCGCAUUUGAUGCGGCGUCGUCUUCAAGCUCGUCCGCCUCAAGUAGUGCUGCAUCCUCUAGUUCCUCAUCCAAAAGGUUUAAAAGUGAGGACUAUUAUCUGAAGAAUGAAGAAACAACGGCCACCGCUGACUCCGUCUAUCCACCUACAAAUAGAAGUCCACGCGAACGAGAAUACUGUCUCAGCGUCCGCACCAAGACACAUUGUGAUGAUAGAAGGAUCGAACCCAACGCUGUGUUUCCUGGAGAACAGGUCACUAGGUGGCUUCCUUUACUGCCUUUAUUAACGUACAAACUAUACGUUGGUCCGGAGCAUUGUUCCUACAAGCGGUUUGCUUUGGCUUAUCGCAAAGCGCAAGCGAAAGCUGAGAAGAGCAAGACGAACAAGACCACUCCGAAUAAUGAGUGUACCUCAUCUCCUGAGCAAGACAGUAAGAAGGGCUGCAAAGGAGCGAAAACGACUGACGCUAAGACCGCGAUCAAUAUAACAUCUGAAGAGAUACUUUCUGCCUAUCUAGCUUUCGCAAACGGGUUUCCAAAGCCAGGGGCUGAGUAUGCCAGCUGCGCAGAGGAAGAAACUGAUAGAGACAAAGGGGGAGCGAUGAAACAACUAGUAUUAAGGUCAACAUUUAGUGUCCAUUUUUCUCGGCAUCUUGGUACCCUUUUCCCUUGUAUUCUCAUGAAAUACAAGGUGCCAGGGGUCAAGAUGAGGGGGCCGAGAUGCAACCUAGCAGACUCUAAUAGUGCAGGCAUUCUUCGAACAAGAAGGCUUGCCCACAAACGUAUUGACAACUGCAGCAUGCACGUCAUCUUCAUCGUCAUCGUCCGCAUUUUCAUCAAGCAAAAGGAAACUUGCAGACUUCGUCAAGAAGCACGCAAAAGGCAUUCUACGUGCCGGUGGUUGCCUGGCGAAUUGGGUACACCGUGUAAAGGGAGACUUCCUCUACUUGCUGUUUCUAGAGCAGGAUCGGGAGCUGCUUUUGGAGUUGUUCGCUGUUGGGUGUUUUACGCUGCCUACGUUUCUGCCGCAUCCGUUUUGCUUCAUCAUAAACCCGGAAAAGCGUUUCUGCAUCGACCUGAACGCCACUACGCCUGCGACCUGGAAUGUAUGUAGGAGAUUUGAUGAGGCCUAAAUACUUAUCUGAGUCUGUCCUACUCUAGCUUAAGUAUGCUUCUAAGUAUUUCUAUGCUUUUUAAAAGUGUAAGAAGUAGUUCUAAACGAUCUCGUUAGUUUUGAAUUUUCUUCUCUUGUCCGUUACCACUUUCAUCCCCGAGCGGGAAAAACGUGCGGCGAUAUGCGAAGGACCUGCGGAUCACAAUAAAUCGCGACUUCGAGGCUUCCCUAAGGUUAUUGCAGACCUACCAUGAAAACGAGAAAAUCGACAUACCAAGAGUAACUACAAUUUCUCCCGCUCAAGGAGGCACUGGGGCAGUUGAAGGAGGUAGCAGCGCGACUAGCCAGGAAGAGUCAAAUUCUACCGCAGCAGCAAACAGCAGCACUACUAGAAAAAGCAGUACUAGUCCGGAACCAAAGACUAGUUCUCCUAAGGACGAAAAGGAGAAGACCACAGCGCCGAGUAAAACCUGGCUAACGGAAGAGCUGUUGAAAACGCUGUCUGAGCUCGAAGCGACUGUUCCUGGACCAAACGCGCCGCCCGUUCACCAAUGCGUCUUUGAGUUCUGGGAAGGUGAAGAAUUGGUAGCACUCUGUGCAGGAUUCGCAGUGGGAAAUGGCGCUUACCACGACUACAGCAUGUGCACACUGAAGCGCGAUCAUAGGAGCUUAGUUAUGGGGGAUUGUACUAUGACGACUAUACGAGGUACUAUGGGUCUAAAAGUAAUGAUGCUGAAGUUCUCAUAUGAUUACUAUUAAUUUAUGAUGAUGUUCGCAUAUUAGUUACUAAUAUUUAGGGCAAAAGCCACGAAGUUUGACGCCCGCCGCCUCAGAGACUUGAUGGAAGUCCUCACUACAUUCUCACUCCAUAGAAAUACUGGUCUUAGAAAGUCCUAGGUUCAUCUUAUUACUAUUUAGGGCAGAAACGAUGGAUAGCGAUAGUGACAAUAAGGUUGAUCGUAUUGAUUCUGAUCAUCAUUCCGCCUAACUUCCGCCACAUCGCAUCGAAAACAGUCGGCCACAUCCUACGCGUGUGUGGUUUCCAGUUAUGGUACUGGGGCUGCAAGAUUGGCUACAUGUCGCAAUAUGAAGAAAAGUAUGGAGGGCGCGACUUUCCGCGUAUGGAAUUUGCUGAUAGAUGGAGCAAGGCAGCUUCUGAGGAUACUGGCACUGAACAGGGCCUCGAGCAGGGACACAAGACUCGACAGACACCAGUAGAGUUAUGCCGAAUGGUAAGUAUUUCAUGUCUUGCUAACUUGUUCAAGCUUCUCAUUAUUAACCUAAACCUCCCUAUUCGUCUCUAAUGCAAAGGCUGAUCGAGGCACUACGCGCAGGUCGUGGGGUCGUCAAGUGGAAGGAGGGGAUGCCUGUUGAGAAGUGCUGUUGUAAGACUUCUCAUGGCGCUUUUCAUGGUUCUACCAAUACUGAUACUGUUCAAGUUUGAUAAGUUCUAGCAAGUUCUUCUCCUGAGACGCAUCAUUCAUAGUCAGCGCAUCGAUUCCAUUCUUGGGAACGAUGCUGAAACACCAAACUUACCAGGGAAGUGUAAAAAUGAUAGACCAUAGGGUCUAAUGAAACUG